AUGGGGGCGGCCGUGGACAGCGCGGUGCGGGGCGAGAGCGUAGCGCCAGGGAAACGCCAGAGGGAUUCCGACCUCUCCGAGGGCGUCGAGUCCGUGCCGGGCGACGCGUCCGCCAGGCGCUCGGUGCUCGGGAGCUUCGCGGGCCGGGGGGGCGCGGGCUCGUCGGCCGUGCAGGACCACUCCGGGAGGCUCUCGUGCUUGGCGUCCGUGCCGGGAGUUCUGCCUGGAGUUCUUCCCGAGCCCGUCAACGACGUCAACAU